GCGCCGCCCGUGGCGGGGUCUGUGUUCGGGAACGGGUGUGUUUGUGGCUGCAGUUGCCGCAGUUCCUCCCGGCCCUCUAGACCUCCCCAGCCCCACUCUCGGCCUCGUGGUCCUGGCACGCCCGCUGCUUCUGCCCCGGAUGCUUCCUCUGGGCUCCGCCCCCAGCACGUCCACGUCACGCCUGCUGCCUUAGUCCUGCAGAAAUCCUGCGCUUUGGAUUUGUGCCACCUUCUGUAAGUUGAAAGCUUCUGGACCAAGUGCGGCAGUGAGAUGGAGUCAGAAGAGGAGGUAUUGCCAUCAGAGAGUCAGCAAAAGUGGUUGACCAAGCCCAAAGGAGGGUGCUGAGGGGAGUUGAUGACCUGGACUUUUUCAUAAGGGAUGAAGCCAUAGAUAAACCCACGUAUGCCACAAAGUUAAACUCCCCACCGGGAUUUGCUUCUUGGCCAAUAAGACAUGGAAUAAUUGAAGACUGAGAUCUAAUGGAGAGGUUCAUGGAACAAGUUAUUUUUAAUUUUCCCUGAGCUGAACCUGAGGGCCAUCACUUUUUGAUGAGUUUUAGAAUUAAGACUCUCAUCCUCAGAAGCCUUCCUAGCAGAUUUGCCCUGUCUGUCCGUGCCCAGUGUGGGCCCUAGAGGGGAACAAAAUUACUUUGGUACAUUUUGAUGAGUCAAGAUUCUCUCCUGUUGCUGGUGAGGGGACCACAUCUCAUCACCUGGCCCCAAGAGACAGAACCUCCUCUGAAUACACCAGAAAAUAAAGAAUAUCUUGCAGAAAUUAUGUUCAAAUUAUUUAAUGUACCGGGACUCUACAUUGCAGUUCAGGAGAAGUACUGUCACAUUUGCCCCAAUAUAGUCAAGAAGUUUGCCAAGUAUGACGUGGAUCAGCGGAAGUGGAUCAAACAGCAAACAGGGAAAAAUGCCAUAAGCCAGAAGAAAUUCAUUAUCGAUGUUGGCUAGGAAAGUUUCCCAGGCCCUGAAAUUUUCUUUCACCCAGAGAUUUACAGGAUUCUUGAAGUAGAGCUGGCCUUCUAGCCUGAGUACCUUAUUUAACAGAUGAUGACACUGAGCCCUACAGAUAGGAAAAGGAGGCAAAACUGGAGGGACCUCGGUCACAUGGGGCAAACUGGUCUUCGACGUUUUUCUAAUUGAGAUACUGAUUAACAUGCCAAGUAUAAUGCCUGGCCCAGGAAGCUCAGGAGAUGAAUCAAAUAACUUGACCAUGAAGGAGCACUGAGGAGGAGGCAGAGAUGAUCUCUGGCAUGGUGUAUAAAAGAAAGCACUGGAGUUCUGGAGAGGUGAGGCAGAAUACGAAGGUAAACAGGAAUCAUUAUUCCUUUUCUCAGAGGUAUGUAAUCUACAGGGGAAGCAUGCAGCACCUGAAAGGGGAGGAGAGGUUGGUGGGCCAUGCAGGGUUGAAGGAGGAGCAUAGGAACAUGGGUCUGGGAAAGUUUGGCUAGCUUUACAGUGCUCAAUUGAAAUACUACUUUGCAAUAUUUUCUCAACACCAGGGUUCAAGUUUGUUAGUCCUACUGAGACAUCAGGUCAGAAGAAAAGAACAAAAGUGAGUAGGCAUUCAUGGCUUUGCAUUCUCAGAAAGUCAUCCUGCUGGUUCAACUGUGUAUGAUUGAGCAUAUUGUCAUUGAUGAAGAAUUUUUAUUUAUUUUUGAUCAAAGACUUCACCAUGUUUUCCUGAACUUUUCAAUCUCCUGUUUGCAGAGUUUUAAUGUGAGCUCUCCUCGGGCCUGGGAGAAAUUCUGAGAGUGACCCCUGAGAAUGAGCUCAGUGGUGAGAAGUCCAAGGACAGGAUGAGGUCGACAUUGCAAGUGUUUUUGGAAUAAGAAUCAACACACUUAAAGACUGGGAUUUGGAAGUGAGAAGGAGUACAUGGAAGUGAUUCAGGAAGACAAGGAAAUGAGACAGAAGUGGCAACAUUUCUCAAAGUUCUAUGCAUUUGUUCCUUUGGAUUCAAGUGAAACAUCUGGAGUCAAUUCUUAACCCAAUGUUGGUUUGUUCUCACCAACCUCUUUGCCAUGCUAUUGGAAAAUAUAUUACAUUUCUGUAUGUUAUAUGCCCACAAAUACAAUUAAAUGUAUACUGCCUUAUGAUUUUUAAACAAGAUAAGAAAGGAUAAGAAAUAGGCAAUUAUACUCCUUUAUAAUUGCAUAAUUACCUUUAUCAGUGUUCUUUGUUUUGUGUGUGUGUGUAUUCAAAUUACUGUCUUGGGUCACUUGCUUUCAGCCUGAAGAACUAACUUUAGUAUGUCUUGUAAGGUAGGUCUACUGGCAGCAGAUUCUUUCAGAUUUUGUUUUCCAAAUGUCUUUUUAUUUCAUCUUCACUUUUAAAUGAUAAUUUUGCUGGAUAUAUGAUUCUUGAUUAAGAGCUUUUAAAA